AUGCACGGGAAACCUUCUCUCCCGCGAGAACCUCUUGAAGUACCGCAUCGUGGCAUUUCUCUCACACACCCAUCAAAUCCUGUUAUCUUUCUGGACAUGUUAUGUCCGAAAAGAGUAGUGGUAGCGAAUGCAGCGACUAGUGGAGAUCAUGAGGAACCGGCGGACCGUUUUCUUUUUGAAAUCUUUGCCGAUUUAGCACCCACAUUGGCGGCAAACAUUUACAGUCUCUGUGUGGGGAGUUCCACCCGUCUCAUUGAUCAAAGACCACAACCUGCUGGCUACAAGGGAACUGUAAUUCACGAUGCACUAGUUGGACAAUAUCUUAUUGGUGGUGAUGUGAUGGGCAGUAAUGGUAGUGGUUUCUUUUCGGCUUUGGGUGAGCGACAAGGGCCGUUGAUUGUGCCACCUGAUGAACUGAAAGCUCUCACAGAAAUUGGACUCUCUCGAUGUCAACAUUCCCCAGGAAUUUACAUGCAUUAUUGGAAUUACACACCUGGAUCCGUAACAGUAACACCGGGAACACUAAAAGUAGCAUCAACUCUACGUAUUGACGUUGUUGAACGUGGUGUGGACGAUAAUAAGAUGCCAUCGGAUGCUAUUCUUAUAGGUCGAUUGGUCUGCCGUGAUGCGGAAUCUCGGGAGGCGGCAAAGCGUCAGUUGAUGGAAUUGACGAAAGCAGUUUUCCACGCAAAACGAAGCGGGAUGCCGCAGUUAUUACCCACAAUUUUGUUGUGUGGCGAAAUGUGA